AUGAUGCCAUCCUCCUGGUCCCAAUGGCGGGCUCUCAUACUAGCAGCAGCAUCGCUGUCCCCAAAGCAGAAGAGAACAACGACGUCAGGUCAAUACGCAACCUGGAUAUACCCGGCCGACGACACCGAGACCUUUUACUACAGAGACCAGAUCGACGUCACGUACCAAUGCAGCUCGUCUGCCUCGUCGUAUCUGGUUGUGAACUGCUACCAGGGCAUUGGGGAUGUGCAACAACAGCAAGUCGCACCAGGGGGUGAUGCCACGGUGGGCAUCACGCUUCAGCUGUCCAACGGAAGCUCGUACUCGGAGAACGAGGACCUGAGCUGCUGGUUUGACCUGCGCAACGUGUCGGGCUACGCGGGUGUGGCGAACGGGUCGAACUCGCCGUCUUGGAAUUACAUCCACACGGAGCGCAGUGGCGGUCCGGCCACUCUCGCCCUGCCAUCAUCCUCCAGCCAAUCAGUCGCCGCCACCACGUCCACGACCUCAACAACGAGCCAGACAGCGACAACAGCGACGCCGACGUCGGCGAGGGACCGCACCUCGGCAGCAGCAGCAGACGCAACAAAAGCGACGGCAACAACAACGGCCAUCCCGAACAAGAGCUCGGGCAGCCUCUCCGUCGGCGCCGGGGUGGCCAUCGGCGUCUCGGUCGGGGUCUUGGCCGUCGCGGUCCCGCUCGUGUCGCUCGUCUUCAUUCGCAGGCAGAGGAAACGCAGACAGCAGCUGGACGAGGUGCGCAGGCGGGUGGGCUUUGACGACGGGGCGCCGCCGCGUGAGCAGCACGUGCAGCCGUCGUCUGCUGGGUUCAAGUUUCGAGGGUCGGAACCACCUGGAUACUCGUAUUUCUCUGGUAAGAACGACCCUUCGAGGGGGGUCAGUGGUGGCUCGUAUCCUCUCAGGGAGGUGACGUCUACGCGGGAGGUGUAUGAGCUUUAUGGGAGCCAGGCUGGGGAGGAGUUGGAGGUGCCUGCGACCAGGAGGGCGGCAGUGCCUCCGGCGGAUUUGAGGCCAUAGGACGAAGAGGUUGGCUUGGUUAUGGCUUCAUGUGGUAUCACUAACAAAGAAUAAUUCGCUU